AUGGCGGCUCGUGGGCGCGCAGCGGCGGCGGCGAUGGCGGCGGAGCGGCGACUGCUGCCCAGCCUGGACGAGUUCGCGGGGCAGAGCUGGAGCGCCUGGGUGGAGCGGGCCGGGCCCGCCGAGCCGGGAUCUGGGCUGGAGCUGGAGGAGGGAGGGAAGAGCAGCGGCAAGAAGCUGGAAGCCAUGACCCUGAUCAAGGAAGACAUGAACAUCUUCGGGCACUGCCCAGCGCACGAUGACUUCUACCUGGUGGUUUGCAACCACUGCAGCCAGGUGGUGAAGCCCCAGGCCUUCCAGAAGCACUGCGAGCGCCGCCACGGCCCCCUCAGCAAGCUGUAUGCCCGAGCCGCCGCCACCGCCGCCAGGUGCCACGUGGCUGUCAACGGGCAGCCGGUGCCCGCCGGGACCCCUGGCACGGCCAAGGCGCUGCGGGAGAAGCCAGCAGGUGCCCGCGGGCGAGUCCAGCCCCUGCCAGAGCGGCCGGACAAGGACCUCUGCCUGUUUGUGCCAGUGGUUAACCUGGAGAAGAUUCCCAGCAUUCCCAAAGCGGAUGGGCACGGGAUCAAGGUGCCCCCCAAAGCUGUGCCCACCAACUCCAAGGAGCCCUCGGGGAAAGCUGUGGCUGCCGCGGUGCCAAAGGAGCUGCCGGUGCCAGCCGGGCUCGGGGGGGACUCGGUGCUGCCCGCUGACGGCCCUGGGGGCAAGCCAGAGACUGUGCCCACCCCGGGGGAGAGGGACACAGGUGGCACCAAGACACCCCCCAGGUCCCACAAGAAGCUGGCACGCAAGGAGUGUGACCUGAACAGGCAGUGUGGGGUGCUGAACCCCGACACCAAGAAGAUCUGCACUCGCUUGCUGACCUGCAAGAUCCACUCAGUUCACCAGCGCCGGGAGGUGCAGGGCCGUGCCAAGGACUUCGACGUGCUGGUGGCAGAGCUCAAGGCCAGCUCCCGCAAAGGGGAGUCCCCAAAAGAGAGGAGCCCCCCCGGGAAGGAACCUCCGCCCCCCCCAGCUCCGCAGGACCCCUCCUCCCUUCCCCAACCCCUCGCCGGGCCCCCCAGCAGCUCUCCGUGCCGAGCCAAGCAGCCCCACACCCUCUGCCCCCUCCCCAGGACUCAGCUCUCCUCCGACAGCGACCCCGAGGACGCUCCAGCUGCCUCCGGGGAGGGGGCUCUGGGGGUGUUCCCCUUCCCCCUGCCCAAGGGGGGGCACCGGGUGUCGAGUGAGGAGAGCGAGGAAGAGGGAGGUAGCGAGGAGCCCCCCCGGCCCCCCACACGCCCCCCCCGGCCCCAGGCGUUCUGCACCUUCGGGAGCCGCCUGGUCAGCCCUGGCUGCUACGUCUUCAACCGGAGGCUGGAUCGGUUCUGCUCGGCGCUGGGCUCCAUGCUGGAGAGGCAUCUCAGCUCCCACAUGUGGAGGAAGAUCCCUCCAGCUGCUGAGCCCCCUCUGCACACCCCCCCAGCCCCCCCCAGCCCUGCCACCCCUACCUGUGGCCUCGCCACCAGGACCCCCUCACCCCCACCACGGACCUCCACCUCCUCCUCUUCCUCCUCAUCUUCAUCCUCAUCAGUGCCCCUGCGGGAAGGCAGGGUCCCCACGGUGGGGUCCCCCCCGGCAGCCGCCGCCUGCAGCCAGCCUGAGUGUGGCGGGGGGGGCAGCCAGUCCAUCACCUCCCCCCUGCCCGCCAACACCCCCUCCCCCUCCUUCAGCAAGUUGCCUUCCACCAAGGCCAGCAAAGCCUCCCGCGCUCGGGAAGCUGCCGGGGGUGGGGGUGGAGGGGGUGGGAUAGACCCCGACACCCGCAAACGCAAACCCCCCCUCACUACUGGCUGCCCCCCCUACAAACGGACCUGUCCGGGCGAUGGGGGCAAGACUAAAACCCCCAACUGCCAGGCUGUGCCCCCCCCCGGCAAGACGAAACCCACCCCUGCGGCUUGUCCAUCCUCAUCCUCAUCCACCUCCACCACCACCAUCCUCAACGGCACCACGCGGGUCAAACGGCUCCCCCCUCCCUCCUCCCUGGACUGCCGUGGCCCCCCCGUCGCCACCACCGUGGACCCCCGAGGUUCGCCGCUGCACGGCCCGCCGGGGGUCCCGCCGGGGGUCCCGGCGCCGCCGCCGCGGUGCCUCUCCGAUGACGAAGUGAAGAAGCGCAAGAACUCCGCUACCUACUGCCGGCCCCUCAAGCCCAAGCCUGUGCCGCCCCCUCCCCUGCCCGCUCCCGCCCCCCUGCCGCCGCCCCCCGCCUCCGCGCCCCCCGACUCCGCUGGCUCCAUCAGGAGGAAGAAGCCGGCGACCCCCCCGGGCUUUGAGGAGAAGCGAAGCGCCCUGAAGGGGCUGCUGGGGCCGCUCCCUCUGGGGGACGCCCUAGCGCCGUAG